GCAAAGGAUUGAAUAUUAAUUCAUACGUGUAUUAUAAUAAUCAUGUCAGAACUACAAAAAAUAAGUGACGAAGAGAAAGCAGAAAUUAUAACAAUCUCUUCUCUUAAUUCUGUAAAGAAAACCUCAGAUAAAGGCCAUUAUAUUGCCAUAAGUCCUGAUGGAACUCAAAUAGCAACGUUAAACACUGAAACUCUCAAAAUAAAAUUAUGCAAAUCUGAAAAUUUAACAGAGUUACACAAUGUGGGUUGUGAAAGUUUUAAACGUAUUGAUGCUCCAUCUUGGAGUUUAGCCGUAUCUGAUGAAAUUACUUUGGCCAACGGGACGGUUGAUGUAUUAAUUGCCGUAUCUUGUUUUGAUGAUGAGUUCAUGAAUAAUUCUCAUUCUAAUGAAAAAAAUGUUAAUAUUAAUAUGCACAAAAAAAAUGAUAUUAUCAAGCAUCCUGGAGCUUCUACUUGGAUCAUUUCUUUUGCGCGUCAAUCAAGGAUUUCCACUUCAAUUAAUAAUUUAGGUGGUAUAGUAAAAUUCUUGGAUAAAGAUUCUAAUUCGACUAAUAUAGUUCUUAUCAAUACUGAUGGAAUCAAUAAAUUCUCUAUAAAUCACGAAAAAAUCAAUGAUAUAAUUAGAUGUAGGGGUGAAAAUGAUGUUAAUGAUUGGUAUAGUCUUUUUUUUCCUGAAAAAUCAAUUGAAAAAUUUUAUUUCCCUGCAAAAUUUUUGAAAAGAAAUUAUGAAAGUUAUAGUUCUCUUAUUCAACGUAGUUUAAUAAAAGAUCGUUUGAUCGUGGAAAAUUAUAAAAAUAAAAUACAAACUAUUGAAAUAUAUAAUUUAAAAACAAAUUUAUUGGAAAAUACUUUACAAAAAUAUGAAGAUACAACUACUUCGAUUAUUGGAAAAGGUUCCCCUUGCUUUGCAAUAUCAGAUAAUGAAUCCUUGUUCGCUUAUUGUCAUGGUGCAAAUACUAUAACUAUUUAUUUAAUGGAAAAUGGUUUGGAAAUUAUCACAAAGAAAUUUAAUGAAAUGCGUGUUCGAAUACUUUCUUUUUAUUUCGUUCAAGAUGAUAGUAAAUUAUUAAUUAUUAUUGAAGAAAUUACGUAUAACGAGGAUACUGCAGAAAAUAUUAUUUCGCCCUUUAUUGUAGUUUGGGAUUUAUUUAGUAUUUCUGAUAAUUGUAUUAGAAGUAUUAAUAAUAAUUUCUCUUUACUUACUACAAAUUUAGUCAAUUCUUCUGGAAAUAUUAUUACUAUCACGGAAAGUGGAAAUAUUUUUUCAAUUUUUGAAAAACCAGAAAUGAUUAAAUUACUGGACCCCGAAGAUGGUGUUGUAAAGAACAAAAUUUCACUUGAAAAACCUGAUUCUUUCUCCUCAACGAAUACUUCACCAACAACACCUUAUUAUUUAAUAUAUAAUUAUUUGGGAGAAAGUUUAAAUCCUAAAACUGAACUUAGUAAUGGAGUAAUUAUUGUAAAUUCUGAACCUUGGCACAACAAACUUUAUAAUCGUAUUUCAGCUUAUCUUGAUGAUGAUAAAUCCAUUCAAUUAAUAAUAGGAGAAUCCACUGUUCAAGUAUGGAACGAAAGAAAAAGUGGCUCAUUAUCUAAAAAAAUUCUUGAGUAUAUUUGGACAAAUAAUCACAUGGAACAGCAAAGACAAAUGAAAAUUCAAUCUUUAGAAGUUGGUCAUAGAAAAUUCUCUUUAACAUUAUGCAUUCCUUCUGGAAUUACUUCUAAACUUGGACAUGAAAUUAAACUUGAAUGGCCUGAAAAAGUUAAUAAUCCAGUAGAUGCAUGUCAAGCAAUGGAAUUUCUUGACAAAAAAAAGAAUGAUCCUUCGGAUCAAAAGAAGCAGCAUGAAUUUGAAUAUUUGGUUCAACAAACAGAAUAUAUCAUUAAAAAAUAUUUAAUUAAAAAUCAUAGUUUAUGGAGAAUGAUGGACAUACGUUUUGAUAUUAUGGCUAAUCUUAUUCGUGGAAAUUGUGUAUCAAUUAUUAAAAAUAUGUUAUUUUUUGAUUUUAAUAAGAAAGAAAAAAAUUUACAUAUUCCAAGAUGUUAUUCUUGGGAUGGGAGAAUCAAAGAGACUGAUCUUGAGAUUGCUAUUAAAUGUUCUGAAGGAGGUUAUCGUAAAGAUACGAUCAUAGUUAAAUAUUUAUUAGAUUAUUAUUCUGAUAAUGCUUUAAAAACUUCAAAUUGGAUGUUUACUGUCACUAAAACAAUCCCUCUUCUUUAUCAAAAUCAAUUAGAAUUUUAUGUUAAAGAAUUAUUUCAAAAACCUUGUUUUGGCAUUAAUAAUGUUUAUUUAGAGCAAUCAAAGAUUAGUAAAAAAGAUGUGAUUAAGAGUAACGACAAAGACAUUCAUGCAUUUAACAAAACGAUUUCAAAUAUAACGAGCAGGGAAUUCAUCACUAGUCCUUUACACGUCAGUCAAGUUUUCAUUGUACCUCUUCCGAAUUUUACAGUAUAUCCAGAGAAAAUCAAUUAUGAACAAAAUUAUUGGAUGGUUCCUAUCAAGCUAUUAAAAUUGUUAAUUUGGCCGCGUGGUCAUGUAUUCGAAGAAGAAGAAACAUUAAGUCCAUUCUUAAGAAUGAUAAGGAAUAAUGAUAGCGCAGAAAUUUAUGAUAAUCCAUCAAUAGCCGCAAUAAUUGAUUAUAAAUGGAAUUCAGCAAGAGGUUUUUUCUUAAGACAUGCAAUUCUGUACCUUUUGUUUGCAUUAAUGUUCUCAUUUGUAGCUGACGCAGUUAAAGAUAUUAGUUUAGCGAUGCAAGGAAAUAAUUCGAAAUAUUCUAAUGCAUCGAUGGUUGCUUUCUAUGUUUUAUUUUAUUGGUUGGGAUUUUACUUAUUGAAUACUGAGAGAAUACAAUUAAAAUAUGAUGGACUGAAAAGAUAUUUUAAUAUUUUUAACUUUUUUGAUCUGAUUUCAGUCAUUUGUCCAUUAAUGGUAGCUAGUGCACAAUUAUAUUAUUAUUUAUCCACGGUCCCGUCUAUUAAAAUUGAUCUGGAUGGCGAUUUUAAUCCUGAAAAAGUCCUGCGAAUAAUGACUAUUUGUAAUUCUUUUUCAAUUUUAUUAGUUUGGUUGCAACUUGCUUUGUUGUUACGAUACUUUCAACAAUCUGGAACUUACAUCUAUGUUAUAGUUCAUAUUUUGAAACAAAUUAUACCCUUCCUAAUUUUUAUGUUAACGAUCGUCUUUGGAUUUGGCCAUGCUAUGUUUAUUUUACUUAGCAAUACACAAAACAUAGGCAUUCAGCCCGAUGGUUCCACUUAUUUAUUAAACAAUACUAUUGAUGGAGAGCAAUAUAAAAUGGACCAAGAAAUUAAUGUGCAGAGUGCAUCGGAUAACUAUUUUUCAGAUUUUACUAGAUCUGUUGAAUCAGUUUUCUUUUGGACAGGUGGUCGUUGGGAUCAAUUAGAACAAUGGAAUUUCUGGCCAGUAGAUGUUUAUUCUAUAAUUGGUAGCAUUCUUCUUGUUACAAUUUUACAGAAUAUGUUAAUUGCAAUGAUGACUGGUGCGUAUGAUGACGCGAAAGCAGUUGGUAAAUAUGCAGUAUUAAAAUAUCGAGCAGAAUUGAUUGCAGAUUAUGAAACGAUUGAUACUCCAUUCGGAAGGGAGAAAGAAAAUCCUCGAUAUAUUUAUUUCUUUGGAAAUUCUGAUUAUAUUCAAGAAUGGUUAGAAAAUUCUGAGAAAGCUAGGAAUAGUCAUAAUAAUUUCCUGGCAGAAAUUGAUAUCGGAGAUAUUAUUCCAUGGAAUUAUGAUGAUGAUGAGAAUGAAGAUGACAACAAUGAUAAGUUAUCUCAAGAUAUAUCAGAUUCACCAAAAAAAUGGCUCGUUGACGAAGACUAUAAAAGUGAAAAUGAAUUAUCAAAUAAUAAACUUUCAAUUAUUCAAAAAGAUAAUGUUAAAAAUGAAGUUAAAAUAUUACAAGAUAAAAUUCAAUCUAUGGAUGGUAAAUUACAUUCUAUGGAAGAAAAUAUCAAAAAUUUAAUUUCUUUAUUACAAAAUCAGCAGAAAUAA